UCAGUGGAGGGCGCAUGCGCCGAGCUCCAUAUUGCGCAGUUGAGCGUGAGAAUCAUCGUUUGUUUAUUACUGUCUCUCAUCGCGACUUUAAUCGCAUUCUUGUUAAUAACAUAUCUUACUCUUCUCACUGUUUGUCAGUGUUAUCGCUCAAAUGCACAACUCUUCGUGUCUUCUGCCUCUUUAAAUUGUUUAAAAUAUCCGUUUAAUCGUUAGUGUCCCGCGCGUUAGCCGCUAAAAAGUCACUCCAGAAAACUAGAAUUUGGACAAAUACAGAGAAAUUGAUCAACAGGAGACAAAACAGGGGACGGUGUGAAUGGACCCUAUACAGACGACAGUGUGUUAAUGCUGAACUCUUCUGAUAGGUUGCUUAAACACGUUUGAAACGACACACGGUCGCCUCUCAGAGGCCGAUAAUCAGCGCACGAUGUCCAUUACAAACACACCGACCAGUAACGAUGCCUGUUUGAGCAUCGUCCACAGUCUGAUGUGCCACAGACAGGGCGGCGAGAGCGAGACGUUCGCUAAACGGGCUAUCGAGAGUCUGGUGAAGAAACUGAAGGAGAAGAAAGACGAGCUGGAUUCUCUCAUCACGGCCAUCACCACUAACGGAGCUCAUCCCAGCAAAUGCGUCACCAUACAGCGCACGCUAGACGGACGACUGCAGGUGGCCGGGCGUAAAGGGUUUCCUCAUGUCAUUUACGCACGGUUAUGGCGAUGGCCAGACCUUCAUAAGAACGAGCUGAAACAUGUCAAGUACUGCCAGUUUGCCUUUGACCUGAAAUGUGACAGCGUGUGCGUGAACCCCUACCACUACGAGCGGGUGGUGUCUCCAGGAAUCGACUUAUCUGGACUUACGCUGUCAUGCUCUGGUCCGCCAUCCCUGAUGGUAAAGGACGAGUAUGAUUAUGACGGUCAGCAGUCUCUGCCGAGCACUGAGGGUCACAUGCAGACGAUUCAACACCCUCCGUCCAGACCGUUGACCCAAGAGCCCUUCAACACCCCAGCGAUGCUGCCGCCAGCAGAGGGCAGCACAUCAGCCUCCACGUCUGCCUUCUCCAAUGUCGCCGUGGGAUCCACAACUCAGUCCAGUAGUGUUCUCUCAGGAACUCAUAGCACUGACGGUCUUCUGCAGAUAUCUUCAGGCCCAGCUCAGGGCUCACAGCAGAAUGGUUUCCCCCCAGGCCAGACUGCCACAUACCAUCACAAUGCCACCUCCACCUGGACGAGGAACAGUAACUUCACCCCUAGUGUGCCUUAUCAUCAGAACGGUCAUCUUCAGCAUCAUCCACCCAUGGCCCAUCCAGCACACUACUGGCCUGUUCACAAUGAAAUAGCAUUUCAGCCACCGAUAUCCAACCACCCUGUUCCUGAGUACUGGUGCUCCAUCGCUUAUUUUGAGAUGGACGUUCAGGUGGGCGAGACCUUUAAGGUUCCCUCCUCCUGUCCAGUCGUCACUGUGGACGGGUAUGUGGACCCCUCUGGAGGAGAUCGGUUCUGCCUCGGUCAGCUGAGUAAUGUCCACAGAACGGAGGCCAUUGAGAGGGCACGGCUCCACAUUGGGAAAGGUGUCCAGCUGGAGUGUAAGGGUGAGGGAGACGUGUGGGUUCGUUGUCUCAGCGAUCACGCCGUCUUUGUCCAGAGCUACUAUUUGGACCGGGAGGCCGGACGUGCUCCCGGCGAUGCUGUACACAAGAUUUACCCCAGUGCGUACAUCAAGGUGUUUGAUUUGCGUCAGUGUCACAGACAGAUGCAACAGCAGGCGGCUACAGCGCAGGCGGCGGCUGCAGCGCAGGCAGCAGCGGUCGCAGGAAACAUCCCCGGCCCGGGAUCUGUGGGAGGAAUCGCACCUGCAAUCAGUUUGUCUGCGGCCGCUGGGAUCGGCGUGGAUGACCUCCGCCGCCUCUGCAUCCUGCGUAUGAGUUUCGUCAAGGGCUGGGGUCCAGAUUACCCACGGCAGAGCAUUAAAGAGACGCCCUGCUGGAUUGAGAUUCACUUGCACCGUGCACUGCAGCUACUGGAUGAAGUUCUGCACACCAUGCCCAUCGCCGACCCGACACCGUUAGACUGAGACUGGCACAGACACCGGACCGAGUAUUCCAAUGGCACGGCCGUGAAUAAAUGCAGAGACCAGCACAAGCUGACCUUUUACUGUGUGAAAGGUGUCGAUGUAACCCAAGAUAUAUUCAGCAUAUGGAGAUGAUGGACAGGUCCUGCAUUAUUGCUGGUUCUCAUUGAAAAAUGUCUUUUGUAUUUGUUCUUAUAACAUUUAACAUCUUUUAACCCCCCCCAGUUACACGGAGUGAUGUUGCGUUGGCUACAGCAAGCAUCAAAUAUUUCAUCUUGUAUUUCAGGACAAAAAAACAGAUAAAAACACUGAUUGAGUUUUGCAGUGUCGUUGCAAAUUCAGACGUCUGAAGCGUUAAAAAAAAAGUGUUUUGCAUGAAGCAGUUUGAGAAAUGUGUUGCGUGCAUGCUGCCGUUCAGUCUACAAGAGACGGCUAUCUGAAAUCGUUUCCUAGCGUGCACUAUUUUUACAUUUUAACCCUGAAAGAUCGCUGACCAGAUGUCUAAAGGGUGUCGUCAUCAAUCUGAUGCGGCGACGGAUGACAUGGGAUUCCUGGUCUGACUUCGUGUGCUGGACUAGUGAAGUGUUUUUACUUCUAAAACUCUUCGUUUUUAGCCAUCGUCUUAAUGCAAUGCUAACCCAGGAGUCUCGCGGCUGUCGGUUCAUACGGUGCAUUUGAAGCAUUAAAAGAUGCCGUUGUGCUCCGUAGUUUGGACGUAUGAUGCCUCGACUAAUCUAUACCUAACAAAUCAUGUAGCAUUUCAGGUUUUGGUUGCAGUGUUUGGGCUGUGGGUUCAAAGGGUUUCAAGACAGUUGUUUUAGCGUUGUAUUGCACGUUCAUAAUGAAACAUUUGUUUUCUUUUAAUGGGUUUUCACUAGCAGUAAAUUGGCUAGUUAAUCUAAUCAUUUGUAAGCUUCCCACAUCCUGUUAACCAUCACAGCGAGACGUGUAACCGUUAGUCUAAAUUCAUACAUGCAUAAGCUAAUGCGUUUUCAUUUAGCCGAGUACUAUAAUAACAAAUGUGGAAUUUAUUUUCUUGCAGCCUGUCAAUAAAAAUGUUCUGCACCUCUCAAAACUUGUUUAACCCUUUGAGCUCUGAAGGGGUUUUUCAAUAUUUCCUGUUUCAGUGGUGUACCCGAAAUUAAAGGCUUAAAACUCAAGAAUAAUCAUGAUAUAAUGAUAUGUUAAUGAUAUAGAUUGAUACAUUCUGAGACUGUCAGCCUAAGAAACUGCUGAAAAAUUACAUUAAAAAUUGACUUUUUUUCUGA